UUUGUCAAAGUCAAAUAGCUUUAUAAAAAUAAAUCAUAACAUUACUAUCACAUAACUACUAAUAAAUGUCUAAAAUAAUUGUUAAUCAACUGACACACGCACAAAAGGUGCGUAUUCUAUAUAAAACAAUUUUACGUUUACACAGAGGUCUACCAGACGAACUUCGGGAAUUGGGUGAUAAAUAUGCUCGCGAUGAAUUUCGCCGUCAUCUUACUUGCUCACCUAUGGAGGCGCAAUUAUUUAUAACAGAAUGGGCGAAGUAUGCCGUAACAAUUACUUCACAAUUAGGUCUGAAAGGCAAAGCAAAAGGUACGAUAGGAGACCAAUUGGACACAAGCACUGUGGAAAUGCUUAAAGACGACCAAGUGAUACAAUUGUAUGAAUUAAUGUUGGUUGCUAAGGGCAUUGAAGGUGAUACAAUUACCCCUACAGAUAUAAAUCAGGCUAAAUAAACACAAAAUAAAUUUUA